AUGGUUGUUUUGAAGACGACUGAUUGCAUCGUUGACUGUGCUUCUAUUUGUUUUUCCUUCAAAGUCUUCAUCAACUCUGCCACAAUCUGUCCAACUUUGGGCAAAAACAAAUCCAGGGUAUUUUGCGAUGGUUCCAAGAUCAAAGACUCUUCUAGUACUUUUCUGAGCAGGUUGGGGAUAUCCUUGAUGUCGCUGGUGUCUACUCCACCGGCCACAUAUGAUCUUCGAAGAGCUUUAAAGUCAUCGCCCACCUGUACGAACUUAGAGGAAACAUCUCCAACGGAAGCUGUUUUGUUUGCCCAAGCCGUUAGCGAUUGGAGCAAGGCUUUUGUAGAGGUGAGCAAUUGCGCUGUCGUCGACGAGAUACUCGUGGGAGCCUGA